AUGUCCGAAGAGCUCAACGUUGCUGCAGUGCUUCACCCGAAGCCUGAGAACUUCAAAGAGCUUGCCGCCCUCGUCACCGAAGUGAUCAAGAAGGUGCAAGAGCACGAGCCCGAUACCCUGCUCUACUAUGCCUUCGCCGUCCAGGAGAAGAAUGAAAUCGUGAUUAUUGAAAGAUAUAAGAACCAAGCAGCCGUUCAGGCUCAUGUCAAGGCACCCUAUUUCAAAGAGUUUGCCUCCAAGAUCCCAGGUUUGUCCGAAAAGCCGUGGGAGUUGCGAGCGGGAACUCACUUGAGUGGCGUGCGGGGAGUGUCACGGCUGUAA